CGUAAAAAUCCUCAACUUUUCAUUUUAAGCCUUCGUUCUCAGCCUAACUCUUCAAAAUUGGAUGUUUUCAAUUUUUAAAAUUUCGUCUUAAGUUAUGACGUCGAUGGGGCGUCAUCUCUCACGAUCUCUCGUGUACCAGCUAAAGCAGCCCCGAUGGAACCGAUUCUUUAUGAAGUCCCACACCAACUUGCACUCCGUAUCCGUUUACCUAGGACAUCCCCGAGUGUUCAGCAACAAAUCCAAGGAUUCGAAAAAUAAUCAGAUUUUCGGAUCAAAGGAAGUGGAAGCUUCCCACCAAACUAGUACCCAAAUUCCGUGGAAAAAUCAGUCACUUAAGGUGAGUCAUUCGAAAUCCGUUUUUAGUAUGGGAAGGCGAAGGGUCCGGAUCUCUUUGUCCUGGGACAAAGUCAAAGGCUGUCGGCUGCACCUUUCGCAACUUAAUGUUCCUGCAUCGGCCAAAUCAUCCGAUUCCACGUACCUCAAUCAACAACGAUCGUUUUGCAAAAAUGUCGAUGGUGAGGAUUGCGUUUUUGAGCCCCUACCAAAACCAGAACCUCCAAAGUGUUCAAGGAUAUCCAGGAAGCGCAAGCACUUACUAGACCAAAAGAAUAAGGCGGCAGACACGGAAGUCGCUGUGGAAACGGAAUCUGAUGUGAAAAAUCUGGACGAAGCCGUUGAUGAGCUAAAGUUCAAAUGCAUGCUGGCUUCAGAGAAGAAGGACUGUGAGCGAAAGCAGUACAAGGCCCUGUGCGAACAACUGAGGUCCGAAAAGCCGCAGGGGGAUGCCAAAGCUGUAGACUCUCUCCUGAAGUGCAUGUUGACUGGAAUUAGGAAAGCCUGCGCUGCUCACGCCCAGAAAAUGGUCUGCCAGAAGAAAUACGCCGAGGUGAUUGCCGCUGAAGAAGCUGCCAGGAAGGAAAAAGAGAAGAGGGAGGGAAAGCCACUGGACUGUAGUAAGCCUGUUGAGGAUGACGAGUUUAGCUCGUUGAAUAAGGCCGAUAAAAAGAAGGCUAAAGAAGAGGCCGCUCUGAAGCGCCUUCUCCAAGAAAUAAAAGCCAAGUGCAAAAAGCAGCGUGAAGAAGCCGAGCGUAAAAUGAAGGAAGAAGCCGAGCUCAAGAAGAAAUGUGCAGAAGCCGAGUUUAAGAAGAAUUGUGAAGAAUUAGCGGCUAAAAAAAAAUGUGAAGAGGCAGCGGCAAAAAAGAAAUGUGAAGAAGAAGCGGCCAAAAAGAAAUGUGAAGAAGAAGCAGCCAAAAAUAAAUGUGAAGCAGAAGCAGCCAAAAAGAAAUGUUUAGAUGCAGCAUCAAAGAAUAAAUGUGAUGAAGCAGCUGCCAAAAAGAAAUGUGAGGAAGCAGCAGCCAAAAAGAAAUGUGAAGAAGCAGCAGCCAAAAAGAAAUGUGAGGAAGCAGCUGCUAAAAAGAAAUGUGAGGAAGCAGCGGCCAAACAGAAAUGCGAAAAAUCUGAUCCUUAAAAGAAUGGACCGGAUGCAGAAGCUUUAAAAAAGUGUGAUCAAGACAAAAAGAAGAAAUGUGAGGAAGCCGAGAAAAAAAAGAAGACCGAGGAAGCCGCACUCAAAAAGAAAUGCGAUGAAGCUAAGCAAAAAAAGAAAUGUGAAGCGGAAAAAAAGAAACAAAAUGAAGAGUCCGAGAAAAAAAGAGAUUGUGAACUGGCCGAGUUCAAAAAGAAAUGUAAUGAGCUGAAGAAAAAGUUGAAGGAGGACAGUUGUGACAAAAAGAACUGACGCGUAGAUUGAAGAACGACGGACCCGAACGAAACAGCUUGCGAA